UGCACUCUCAUUAAUGGCUUGCAGUGUGCAUCUGCAGCAUACCUCGCCGGGUCUAUCCGAUCUCGACCCCGGAGGCUGAUCUUGAUUAAUCCUCCCACCGAGGACGCACAUGCGAUGGAUGAACGCCUCACGCCGCCCUUUCAGCCCUUCGCGUUACACUCACGCAAACGCGCGCGCAGUUGCCGGCAUUGGCUGGCUGAGCUCCCUCCUCCAGCCUCCAGGGUUCUCUUCCUGUACGACAUUGGGCAUCCACAUAGGUAGGUCACAGGAUCUUCGCAGCCCCCCGGUUAUACCGACGGGAAGGCUGCCAGCCUUGCGAGACAAACGCUGCGGCAUCGUCAACCGUUUCUCAUUCUGCGCCCCGGGGACCCCUAUCCGGACGUCAAGCUUUGAUAUCGGGAGGAGAUGCGUCUCGAGUGACACCAAGGGCCCAUCCAACGUGCUGUCUCGGCGGCACCUUGCAGUGACAGUGGAUUUUAAGAAUCCCAUCCGUCACCGGGGAAGUUUGGCUCAGCAGCCGGUGACACCCCGGCAACACUUUUUACACCUUCAAGACCAGAUGUCUGGUAUCACAAGUAGGACGUGUCCUCUCACCAUUUGUGUUUCCGUCCGUGAGGGUUGCUUCGACAACCGAGAGGUGAGCUUUCUCUCUUGCUUCUUACUAGGGAUCGAUGGAUAUGGAAUGAAGCCUUCCUGGGCAAAAGGUAUCAUAUGACCUUCAGCUCACCUCUUUACAAUAUCUACGCAGCGUCUGUCAGGUAGUGUACCCCGAGGCACCUUUGCCCUGCUCCCACACCAGAACGCACUCCUCGUAUGAUCUUGGAAAUAGCAAC